AUGCAGAAGCUCCUUCCGUCCCACAAGACGGCCCAUUCAAGUCACAUGCCAGAGGUCUCGGCAGAAUGGGCUGCAGCUGCUUCAAAUCUGCUGUCUAACAUCAGAAGCAGUUGGACAAACUGUGCCGUACUGACUACAGUCGGGCUCCCGGGCGCCGAGGAAGACAGGGAAAAGAUUUGGGAUCCCAGCGCUAUGUUCUCGGAGGAUCUGUGGCUGGAAAAUGAGAAAAACUGUGCCGUUGUUCACAAGUCGAAGCGAGGAAGGAAGCGCCAAGAGCUCCUGGCCAUGGCCCUGGGGGUGAAGGUGGGAGUCAAGGGGGCACUUUUGUGGCAACCUCUGAAACUCUUUGCCUAUUCACAGAUCACCUCCUUGGUCAGAAGAGCAGCCUUAACUCAAAACGACAACCACUUCAACUAUGAAAAAGCACACAACUUUAAGGUCCAUACGUUUCGAGGUCCGCACUGGUGUGAAUACUGCGCCAACUUCAUGUGGGGCCUCAUCGCUCAGGGAGUGAGGUGUUCAGACUGUGGGUUGAACGUACAUAAGCAGUGCUCCAAAUACGUGCCCAACGACUGCCAACCAGACCUCAAGAGGAUAAAGCGAGUCUACUGCUGUGAUCUCACCACACUAGUGAAAGCCCACAAUACCCAGAGGCCGAUGGUUGUGGAUUCAUGCAUUCGAGAGAUUGAAGCAAGAGGUUUAAAGUCCGAGGGCCUCUACAGAGUCUCAGGCUUCACUGAGCACAUUGAAGAUGUGAAAAUGGCCUUUGAUCGAGAUGGUGACAAGGCUGAUAUUUCUGCCAGUAUUUAUCCAGACAUAAACAUCAUUACCGGAGCACUGAAGCUAUACUUCAGAGACCUACCGAUUCCUGUGAUCACCUACGACACCUAUUCCAAGUUCAUAGAGGCAGCAAAAAUCUCCAAUCCUGAUGAACGACUAGAAGCAAUACAUGAAGUGUUGAUGUUACUCCCUGCUGCUCACUACGAGACGCUUAGAUACCUAAUGAUUCAUCUCAAAAAGGUUACCUUGCAUGAAAAGGAGAAUUUUAUGAAUGCUGAAAACCUGGGAAUAGUGUUUGGGCCUACUUUAAUGAGACCUCCAGAGGACAGUACCCUUGCUACACUGAAUGACAUGCGGUACCAGAAGUUAAUUGUGCAGAUUUUAAUAGAAAACGAAGAUGUUCUCUUUUAGACAAAGAGAGGUGUAUCUUCAAAGCCACUUGUUUUAAAAUAGUUAGUUUGAAGGAAAAACAACAUUUCUUUAAAUUUUUUUAAACAUAAAGGAAAAGUUCCUUGACUGCACUUCAAUUUCUGCAAAGUUGCAGACGGAUGCCAAAAUGUUUAGGGAACGCCUAUGUCUCAUAGACAUAUGCCUCUUUGUAGAAGGGAAAAAAAAGGUCAGAAAAAAUCCUCUUACCUUGUAUCUUUUGCCUUGCCUCAGAUGUAUAUUUGUUUUGAGAAGCUGCAAACAGUUUUAUUGUUAACUUAUUAAGAAACACAACAUAUUUUAAUAUGGCUAGAGAAGCAAAAAGGUACUUAAUCAGUGUUUCUUGUAUACGCCUAUACAUUUCCCUCUCCAUGAGACAUAAUUAUAUAUGUCAAUUGUGAAACAGAACCUAUAUUAUAAAGAUAUUUUUGCUUUACCUAGCUGAAAGAAUGGCAUUUUAUUUUAGCAAACUAUAAAUCAAUGCGGUGCAUUGAUUAUUUUCCACGCAAUUCUUUCCUGCAUUUUUGCUAUGAUAUAUUGAAAACAAUUACCACUAAUGCAGUAUUAUCCUGACAUACCUCUUUCAUUGCAAAUGUUUUAAAGGAGAAUUCUUUUCUUGUGUGUAUUCCAGCUUUCCUUA